AUGAGUACAUUGGAAGAAAUUUUGUUUAAACAAAACCAAGUUAUGCGCUCGAUCGAACGUGCACUUACCAAUUAUAAAAAGCUGGGUCAAGCUAAAAUGACCCCAGCUACCACCCGGAACCGGAUGAGGAUGCUAAAAGAGGCAUACCAACAGUGCCAAGACCUGGACGCAAAAAUCGUCGCCAUGGCGGAUCUACAAGCCAGAUCAACUCUCCAGUACUUCGUCGACAACCAUUUCGAGAGAUGUGAGGAGUGCUAUCAGGAGUCCCUGGACUACAUGUCGGAGAUCCUGGAUCAGACUUCCUCGACCCAGGAGACAGCAUCCGAGAAAGGGAAUCUUCAACCAGUAAUCAAACCCCAGCAACCAUGUCACAUUUUGGGUCGAAAAUAUCCGUUGACAGAUUCUUGUACGAAGCAUUUGGAAAUUGGAAUAAAUAUAUUCGGCAACAAGUUUUAUCCCCAACUCAUAUUAUCGGACAACCGCAACAACCAGCUGGAGCUGAGCAUAGUUACGUUGUCACUGAUUGUAGCUGAAGCAGACAACGUGCACAGCUUCUUUGAAGAUGCAACAGAUACACGUGACAAUAUUAACUUUAACGAUGUAGGCGUUGAAUUUGGAGUGCUAUAUGGACUUGAAUUGGCCGAUACAGACCCCAUGAGCUCAGAUCCGAUCGAUAUUGUUAUCGGUGCGGACUUGUUCGGUCAAUUAUUAUUGGACGGAGUUCGGAAAGGUUCUACAAGUGAACCGAUCGCGCAAAAUACGCACCUGGGAUGGAUCCUAUCUGGUCCUACGUCCACUCAUCCUCUUCCUUUCUUUAUAGAUGUCCAUCACGCUACGUUGUUAGAAAAUCUCGAUGCAGAUCUUCGCCGCUUCUGGGAAGUGGAAAAUAUCCCAACUCAAUCAGUGCUCUCACCUGAGGAAGAAAAAUGUGAAUUACACUUUCAAUCCUCUCAUACUCGUACGUCGGAAGGGCGUUACAUAGUUCGACUCCCGUUCAAGAGCGAACCCCCUAUAGAUUUAGGCGAAUCUCGUUUUGCCGCGAUGAAAAGUCUUCUCUCUCUUGAAAGACGCUUUAAAAGCGACCAAGUAAAUACCGAAACUUAUAAAGAAUUCCUCUCAGAAUACGAAGCCUUAGGCCACAUGGAAAGGGUUCCAACAGUUCCGGUUCAAACAACCAACCAAAUUUAUUAUAUUCCUCAUCACGCAGUUCUUCGUGAAAGUAGUUCGACAACUCGUCUUCGCGUCGUAUUUAACGCUUCCCGCCGAACUUCAAACGGCACUUCUCUAAAUGAUCAUCUUUUAACUGGACCCAAGCUCCAAACCGAUCUAAUUGCAAUUCUCCUCCGGUGGAGAGGAUUCCGUUUUGUACAUACCACAGACAUCGAGAAAAUGUACCGUCAGAUUUUAGUUGAUGCACGAGAUACAGAUUUUCAACGCAUUUUAUGGCGUCCCUCGUCACAACAGUUCGUUGAGGAGUAUCAACUACGUACCGUCACGUACGGCACUAAAUCAGCUCCUUAUCAAGCUCUUCGCGUUUUAAAUCAGCUGGCAGUGGACGAAGGUCAUCAAUAUCCUCUAGCUCUUCCAGUAUUAAAGGAUCAAACUUAUGUCGACGACUGUCUCUUCGGAGCAGACGACCAAGAUCUCUUGCGAACAAUCCGCGACCAGACCAUAAACCUGUUAAACAAAGGCGGCUUUCGGUUACGAAAAUGGGCCAGUAAUGAUCCAACUCUAUUAAUUGAUAUCGAUCCGCGCGAUCACGGUCUUGCGAAAAAUAAACUCCUUAAUAUCGAGGAGACCUGCUCAGUUUUAGGCUUAGAAUGGAAUCCAGUGCUCGAUCACUUUCAAUUUCGAGUUACCAUUUCUUCGAAUCUUGCCAAUACAAAACGAACAAUUUUCUCUCAAAUUGCAAAACUUUUCGACCUGAUGGGGUUGUUAACUCCAGUCGUUAUACCCGCGAAAAUGUUUAUGCAAAAAUUGUGGUCACUCCAAUAUGAUUGGGAUGACAUUCUUCCUAACGAUGUUCUCCUAGAAUGGCAAGAUUACUACACUCAUUUACCAGAUUUAAAUAAGAUCACGAUUCCUCGCAAAAUAGCCAAUGGCGUCGCGCUACAUCAGGAAAUCCACGGAUUCGCCGAUGCAUCCACUAAAGCCUACGCAGCUUCGGUUUAUAUACAAAGCGUCCUCCCAGAUGACAAUGUCUUCGUUGCGCUUCUCGUUGCAAAAUCACGAGUAGCUCCCGUUAAAACAUUAAGCGUACCGAGAUUAGAAUUAUGUGCAGCGGCAUUGUUGGCACGUCUUGUCGUUUUUGUGGAAAAUUCCUUGUCGCUCAUCCAUCACAAUGUCCACUGUUGGACUGAUUCAAGCAUCACUCUCGCUUGGCUUAGCCAACCUCCAACUCGUUGGAAGACUUUUGUCGCCAAUCGAGUUUCGAAAAUUGAGUCUCUUUUACCGAAAGCGCAGUGGCAUCAUGUUCCAACAAAUAGCAAUCCUGCUGAUUGUGCAACCCGCGGUCUAACGCCAUCGGAAUUAAAAUUCCAUUCCAUAUGGUGGUCAGGACCUUCAUGGUUAAAACAAGGCGAAGAACAUUGGCCAAAAUCCAAUAUCAGAAUAGUCGAUUCGCAUGAGGAGAAAAUUUGA